UCUCUCUCUCUCUCCUGUCUGUGGGUAAUCACUACUGAUCGUCAUUUUAGUUCAUUUGCCAAUUGCUAUCUAAUUUUGUGACAGCCAGCUAUCAUUUUACAGUAUUUUCCUACUUUACAGUGUCUUUUUUCAAUUACGUAUUUAAUUUUGUGUUUUGCUAAGUGUCAUCAACAACAUGGCCGAUCAAGUCUCUGUUAAAUAUACACAACUUUUCAUUAACAAUGAAUUUGUUGAUGCUGUUAAUGGUAAGAAGUUUCCUACCAUAAAUCCAGCUACUGGUGAACAAAUUUGUCUCGUUGCUGAGGGUGAUGAAGCAGAUAUUAAUAAUGCCGUUGCUGCAGCUAAAGAGGCCUUUAAACUUGGUUCAACCUGGCGAACCAUGGAUGCCUCUGCUCGUGGAGCCCUACUUAAUAAGCUUGCUGAUCUUAUGGCCCGUGAUGCUGAUUACAUAGCAAAAUUGGAGACACUAGAUAAUGGUAAACCUUACAAAUUAGCAAUUGGAGAUGUUUAUGGAUCCAUCGCUCAUUUACGUUACUAUGCUGGCUGGGCAGAUAAAGUCCAUGGUAAAACUGUUCCAAUGGAUGGAAGUCAUUUCUCUUAUACUCGUGUUGAGCCUUUCGGUGUUUGCGGUCAAAUUAUUCCAUGGAAUUUCCCUUUGAUGAUGUUUGCCUGGAAAAUUGCUCCUGCCUUAUGUACUGGAAAUGUCGUUGUCUUGAAGCCAGCUGAACAAACUCCACUGACAGCUCUUUAUGCAUGUUCAUUGAUUAAAGAGGCUGGUUUCCCUCCUGGUGUAGUCAAUGUUGUUCCUGGUUAUGGUCCAACUGCAGGUGCUCCUUUGGUAAAUCAUCCCGAUGUUCAGAAGAUCGCUUUCACUGGUUCAACCGAAGUUGGUAAACUCAUUUUACAAGGAGCCGGAAAAGAUUCGAUCAAAAAAGUUUCUCUUGAACUCGGUGGUAAAAGUCCAUUAGUUAUUAUGGACGAUGCUGAUAUUGAUCUUGCUGUUGCAGUUGCCCAUGAGGCUUGUAUGUUCAACCAAGGUCAGUGCUGUUGUGCAGCUACACGAACAUUCGUUCAAGAAGGCAUUUACGAUGAGUUUGUUCGUAAGAGCAAAGAGUAUGCCCAAAAGCGAAUUGUUGGUGAUCCUUUCGACGAUGCAACUCAACAAGGCCCACAAGUUGAUGAAGAACAAUUCAACAAAAUUCUUAGUUUGAUUGAAGAGGGUCAAAAAGAAGGUGCUAAACUUGAAUGUGGUGGCAAGGCCGCUGCAUCUAAAGGAUACUUUAUCCAACCAACUGUUUUUUCAGAUGUUACUGAUAACAUGAAGAUUGCAGUUGAAGAAAUCUUUGGACCUGUUCAACAAAUUCUGAAAUUCAAAACUUUGGAUGAAGUUAUUGAACGAUCUAACGAUACAACAUAUGGAUUAGCAGCUGGUAUUUUUACCAAAAAUUUAGAUACUGCUAAUAUGUACACUCAAGCAGUCAGAGCUGGAACUGUUUGGGUCAACACUUUCCUCGCUUUUGGUGCACAAAUGCCAUUCGGAGGUUACAAAAUGUCUGGUAUUGGACGUGAAGGUGGUGAAGAUGGCAUCAAAGAAUACUGUCAAAUCAAAUCUGUGGUCAUCGCUAUCCCACAAAAGAAUGCUUAAAAAUUUUGUACUUGUCUAACCUAAAAGAUUUCAGUUGACCUAAACAUUAAUUUUAAAUUCUAUUGUAUUCCACAUAGACAAUUGUCUCUUUUUAACCUUAGCACAUUGAACUAAAGUAAAACUUAAAGAGUUGAUUCUCAUAAUUCCUGCAGUGAAAACGGCCGAAAAUUGUUAUAAAGAAAAUUUUAAAGAAUAAACUAACAUACUAUUAAAGAAUUAUCUUACAAAUAAA